CCGGGCGCGCGGGGCUCAGUCGGGGGGCGGCGGCGGCGGCGGCUCCGGGGAUGGCCGCGGCUCCGCUGCUGCUGCUGCUGCUGCUCGUGCCCGUGCCGCUGCUGCCGCUGCUUGCCCAGGGGCCCGGGGGGGCGCUGGGAAACCGGCAUGCGGUGUACUGGAACAGCUCCAACCAGCACCUGCGGCGAGAGGGCUACACGGUGCAGGUGAAUGUGAACGAUUAUCUGGAUAUUUACUGCCCCCACUACAACAGCUCGGGGGUGGGCCCCGGGGCGGGCCCGGGCCCCGGGGGCGGGGCGGAGCAGUACGUGCUGUACAUGGUGAACCGCGCCGGCUACCGCACCUGCAACGCCAGCCAAGGCUUCAAGCGCUGGGAGUGCAACCGCCCGCACGCCCCCCACAGCCCCAUCAAGUUCUCGGAGAAGUUCCAGCGCUACAGCGCCUUCUCGCUGGGCUACGAGUUCCACGCCGGCCACGAGUACUACUACAUCUCCACGCCCACCCACAGCCCGCACUGGAAGUGUCUGAGGAUGAAGGUGUUCGUCUGCUGCGCCCCCACAUCGCAUUCCGGGGAGAAGCCGGCCCCCACCCUCCCCCAGUUCACCAUGGGCCCCCAUGUGAAGAUCAACGUGCUGGAGGACUUUGAGAGAGAGAACCCCCAGGUGCCCAAGCUUGAGAAGAGCAUCAGCGGGACCAGCCCCAAGCGGGAACGCCUGCCCCUGGCGGUGGGCAUCGCCUUCUUCCUCGUGACACUCUUGGCCUCCUAGCUCUACCCCUCCCUUGGCGGGGAGACAUGGGGCUGGGAAAGGGCAGGGAGACUUUGGUCUCUCCGAGAGAAGCCUAGCUGUGGGGCCUAGACCCCGGCUCCGAUGGCUGGAAGCGGGGUCUACACCGUACAUCUGUGCCCAUCCCCUUUGCCCCCUCUCUCCCUCGUGGGGCGCUGUGGUGGGCCAGACGCAGGGACAGCCACGGGUCCC